UCUCUCUCUCUCCCUCUACAGAGGGAAGACGCAUCCUGUAAUCAGGUCACACUUCACUGUAGUCUCAGCAUCAUCCGUCUCUCGCAUUUUAAAGCAGAGGAAUCGAGUCACCGGACCCGCGGAAUAAUGGUGUGGAUGAAUAAUCCGGGAUGUGUUCUCGUCCCGCUGCUGAUGCUCGUGCGUGUGGCCAUGCAGGUGGACGUUAAGAGCGGGAAAGAAGCGGAGAAAACGGGGAAUUUCAUGGAAGAUGAGCAGUGGCUGUCCACCAUUUCCCAGUACAGUCGCAAGAUCAAGCACUGGAACCGCUUCAGAGAUGAAGUGGAGGAUGAUUACAUCAGAUCAUGGGAUGAAAAUCAAGGCUCAAAUGAAAAUGUCGACACAACUAAAGAUCCCUGCCAGAAGGUGAAGUGCAGCCGACAUAAAGUGUGUGUUGCUCAAGGCUACCAGCGCGCCGUGUGUGUCAAUCGCAAGAAGCUGGAGCACAGGUUGAAGCAGCAGGUCAUCAGACAGCAGCAGGAGAGUAACUGUAAGCCUUGUCCAGUGUCGUCCUCUGGUCCAGUUUGCGGCUCUGAUGGACACAACUACGCCUCUCAGUGUAAACUGGAGCAGCAGGCUUGUCUCGCAGGAAAGGAGCUGAAAGUGAGAUGUCCUGGUCUUUGUCCUUGUACCGCCACCACGGCUCCUGCUACAGACGUGGACGGCAAACAUGAGAGUUGCACAGGACAGGACCUGGCAGAUCUGGGCGAUCGCCUGCGGGAUUGGUUUCAACUGCUCCAAGGCAACGGCAAGCAGAACAGCACAGGCAGUCCUGCAGCCAGUUCUGCAUCAAUUGUGGACCGGACUCUUGUUGCGACCUGUAAGGACUCUAUUGGCUGGAUGUUCUCCAAGCUGGACACGAACAGUGACCUGUAUCUGGAUCAAGCUGAACUGGCUGCCAUUAAUCUGGACAAGUAUGAAGUGUGUAUACGGCCCUUCUUCAACUCCUGUGACUCUUACCGCGAUGGCAAAGUGUCCACAGCUGAGUGGUGCCUCUGCUUUUGGAGAGAAAAGCCUCCCUGCCUGGCUGAGCUCGAGCGAAUCCAACUGCAAGAAGGAGCCAAGAAGAAGUCGGAUACAUACAUUCCCAGCUGUGAUGAGGACGGCUUUUACAGGAGACUGCAGUGUGACAAGAGCAGAGGGGAGUGUUGGUGUGUGGACCAGCAUGGAGGAGAGCUAAUGGGCUCCAGAAUCCAUGGCAACCCCGACUGUGAUGAGGUGGUCACAUACUCUGGAGAUUUUGGCAGCGGCCUGGGAUGGGAAGAUGAGGAGGAGAAGGAGGCUGAGGAAAACGGCGAAGAGGCCGAGGAGGAAGAAGGGGAGGUGGGAGAGGUAGAUGAUGGUGGAUACAUCUGGUAGAAGGAAACACGAUUCCCGCCUUGUUCGACGUAGCUUUCUGUGGCCCAUUUCUACAGAGGCAGCUCUAUCUUCUGACAUUAAAUGGUGGAGGGUCGGUCAUCUUUAUACUGCACUCCAAACAGCAUUGACUCGGGGAGGGAGGGGGGAAGGGCAGCUCAGUUAGUAUUAGCUGUAGUGAGAUAACGGUUUUGGGAACGAGUUUUCAAUUAUUGGGCUUAUGAAUACUUGUGAAACAUCAUAAUUUUUGUUGUAAGUGCAAGAGUUUUCUCUUGAAUCAGUCUCUAGCAUCUGCAAACACAAGCUCAGAAUUAGGCGCUUGAUAGGUGUGAUGUGAUGCGUUCUUUCUUAUGCAAGUCUAAUAAAUACAUACUCUCAUCACUAUACAUUCGGAAAUGAUACCUGUUAAGUCUAACUUUUUAAAGUAUGUAUAUAAAGGUAGACAGGCUUCAGGGUCUAACCUGUUUCAUUAGAUAUUUUGUCGACCAUCAGCAACUGCUUUCCAUGAGCAAUGAGACUGCUGCUAAAUGUUUUUGCUGUUAAAGUUUAUGUAAAUUGUUUUAAAAGUGUCCUAUAAAUGGUUAAGCUUAUACAAACUCGGAUUAUAAGAGAGACAAAGAGACACAAAUUCCAAAAACUAGCCUGGUUAGCUUAGCUAAGUUUGCUAAAAGUUGUUUAACUUAGCUAAUGCUACGCUACAAGAGAAAAAUUCUUUAAACUAGCUGAAUUAGCUUAGCUGAAUUUGCUAGCCUUUACAAAAAAAGAUAUAAACUACACAAAAACAACUUAGCCAAGUUAGCUUAGCUAAAAAAAACAAUACUAUACAACAAAACGGACAAAAAGACACAAUAAAUUUUAAGAGCUUGGUUAGCUUAGAGCUGUAAAGAGACAAACACAACAAGCUAAAUUGGCAUGGCUCAAAAAAGCUAAUACUACACUACAAGAGACAAAAACUCCACAGAACUAGCUAAGAUUGCUUAAAUUAGCUGAAAAGCUAAUUAUGUUUGCUAAAGUCUCAGCUGCAUAUGUUUUGUUCUACAUUGAAGCAGACGUAGAGGUAAAUGUAUUGCGAUAAAACCUUCAUCUGUGUAUCUGAAGACAUAUUUCUCCACACUCACAAACCGCAACCGAUAUUAGGCUACUUGCCAGAAACACACAAUGCACUUCUACAAGACGAUCCAUGUCCUAAAGGCACUAUUUUUUCUCGUCUUUUGUGUAAUAAUCCACUGAAACCAGAGACGGCAAAGCAUUAUAUUUUCAUAUAAAUUACGUCUCGAUGCAGUAGCUUAUUCCCUCACCCCGCCGUCCAAAUCAUUGUUUUCUUUGAAAUGGACAGUAAUAAAUCCUGAGAUAUGCGCGCUCUGGUUUCAUAUGUCUGUCAUAAUAGAAUUUGCUUAUACUCCACUAGGUCAGGCUGUAAUACGGUACUUCUGAUGCAACGCGGCUAUUAUAACAAGCCAGCGUAUGGAUGAACAGGAGAGGCAGGAAUGAGCUUUCGAAAAUGCAAUCUGACAUAUUCUCUCUCAUGCACCCAAAGGGACCAAUCUGUCUUUGCAGAUGUCUUCUAAUCAGAUGUUCCCAUCAUUUGCAGUGAAAGAUGUGUUGGCUGUAAUGUUCCUAGGUGUAAAUCUGGAGCUGCGAGGAUUUAAAAAAAAGUAGAAUACAUGACUUUUGCAGCACAAGAUAUUUAAAGCAUCGGUUUUAGAGGGUAAAAUGCUGUGGAAUAAGAGCAGCAAGCUGAAACUGUAAAAUAUGUAUGAAUUACAAACUCGAUGUGCUAUGAUAAUUCACCCUCUAAGCUCCACAUAUGUACGAGAAAACGCAUUUGAUAUGAUAACAUCUCGACGUAAACACAUUCAUCAACGUACAGAAGAAGAAUAUAUAUCCUCCAAAUGUCAUUGAGAUGAAUCUCCUAUAUCAGCAUCAUAGGCGAUAGCACCUUGCUGGUGUGUGUGUGUGUGAUGGAGUGGAAAGAAGGCCUGCUCAUUAAAAGUCAAUGUCCUGAUGUCAGGAGUCUGCUAACAGUGAUGUUAAACCACUUGGACUUAGUGUAUGAUUGUAUUGUACUGUACAUGCCAUUAUUAUUGUAAAUACUUGGAUUUUAAGGAUUAGCACACAUAUUUACGCUGAGUUGCAGUAUAUUUGCAUUUAGUUGCAUGUUUCUUUGUCCGAGUGUGUCAUCUUUCUUGCCUGAAUAUGAUUAAAGGCACUGGGCCCCAAGUGAUGUUC